CUCCCACAUUCGGUUUCCAGUCCAGCUCGGCACGUCGAACGCGCCACUUCAAUCGGAUUGUCUCGGAGAUUUGAAAUACUUGAUUUAUCUCUUGAAGUCAUUGGCGUCAAUUUAAGAUAUAAUUAAUUUCUCGUGAAUGAAAGCCGUCUUAUUUUAGUGACAUCGGAAUAAAAUGAGAUGAAGUGAAAAUCUGGCUGAAUUUUUGUUAGAAGAUAAAUGUACCGGCGAUGACAUAAACCAGAUUUGACAACACGUCGUAAGGAUGUGUUACGUGAUAGUCACCGGGCGCAGCCUCUUGUGGUCCCUGCUGUCUCUGGUUGCUAUGAUGGCAGUACUUUCCGCUCUCAUCACUCCAAAGUGGAUCGUGGGACCACCCAAAACAAAAAUCACUGAAAAUGGGACAGAACUCUACUACCCAACAGCAGGUAUUUUUAACAGAUGCACUCGUCUUUUUGGCAAAAUGCACUGCGCUAAUUUCAACGCUGAUGGAUUUGCCACGGACCCCUCGGUGUUUCCAAGCUGCUGGAAAGCGUCACUCUUUUUCCUCUCACUUGGAUUAUCAGUGAUGGCCCUAACAGUCUUUGCAGCGCUCCUUGGAUGUUGCGUCCAGAGUAUUGGACGCAAAAGUAUCUUCAAUCUUGCGGGUGUUGCCCAGGCUGUCGCUGGGAUUGCUUACUUAUUUGGGAUGAUACUCUACCCAGCUGGGUGGGGAGCGGAACGAGUUGUGAGAAUAUGCGGCUCCGAGGCUGGACCAUUUUUGCUUGGAGACUGCAGUCUUGGCUGGGCAUUCUACAGUGCAGCAAUUGGCGUAGCUCUGACGUUCGUCUGUGCAAUGCUCAGCGCCCAAGCAGAAAAAUCCACAGCAAGCGAUAAAGUUCAGGACAAAAUGAACGAAGGAAAGACGUUGAUCUGCUUGGCAUCAUGAGAACACCUAGUCAGUGAACAGGAAGGCUGGCCACGCCGACGAGGUGCCUACGUAACGGAAAAAAUCUUUAAAGAAGAUGGCGAGAAAGUAGAGUACAAGUUGAGCCAUUCUUCAUCAGUCCAAAGGAGUCACUGCACCUUUUAUGGAGAUUAUUGUCUUCUUCAAUCGAUUUUGACCUCCAAAGGCUCUUGCGUUAACUUCACAAUGUUAUUUGAGACAUUCUAUUCUACUGCAGUCAUUCUUUACUCCCAGUUUACGUGUACGAAUAUAGCUAUAACAAUUCUCUCUUGUA